GCAGCCGCCGCCGCCGCCGCCUCCAACGCUGCCACCGCCGUCGCUGCUGCCGCCGCCGUUCCGCUUUCGUCUGCCGCGACUGCUUCGCUCGACCGCGAACAUGGCCAGGAGACGGCCACGGCGAUGAUCGGCGUCGUGUCGAGCUCCCAUCGGCUGACCCCCCCCACCACCACCACCAUUGCAUGUCCAGCGAGACGCGGACACGCGGCCUAACAAAACACCGGCCCUCGGAUAGAAGCGCUGCCGGGGGGAAGCGAGGGGAACCCCGGCACGUGUUGGUGGAGGAGGUGCCAUCCCUCCCCAACCCCCCCCCAACCCCCCAGCUCUCCACCCCACGGUUCAUUUUUUUUCUCGCGGACCACGAUCCGUCUCGGACAAACAACCGGCGUGCGGUCUCGAGUGGCAAAGGCGAGGGCGGCUUUCCCGUGGCAGUGCCGCUCCGUCGCAGUGUUUUGUCGAGCUCGCGGUGGGGAGUGAGACGAAGACUUUUAAGUUCAAUAUCGCGGUCGUUGUAGCCAUGGCUGACGGUAGUGCCAUCACCACGAGGAUCCGGCGUCUGCUUCGCUCUCCGUCGCUGUCCCUGAAGAAGACGAAGCCCACGCCUCUCACCGAGCGGGUGACGCUGGAGAAGGUGUUGGGUAUAACGGUGACCUCCAGCAGUGGCCUGGCCUGCGAGCCCAAGUCGGGUCUCCUUGCCUACCCAGCAGGGUGUGUGGUGGUGUUGCUCAACCCCAAGAAGAACAAGCAGUCGCACAUCCUCAAUGCAUCCAGGAAAACAAUCACAGCAGUCGCCUUUUCUCCUGAUGGAAAAUAUCUGGUCACUGGAGAGAGCGGGCACAUGCCAGCGGUGCGUGUGUGGGACGUGGCGGAGGGCAGCCAGGUGUACGAGUUCCAGGGCCACAAGUACGGCGUGGCGUGCGUCGUCUUCUCGCCCAACAUGAAGUACAUCGUGUCGGUUGGCCAUCACCACGACAUGAUCGUCAACGUGUGGGACUGGAAGAGACGCGUGCUGGCGGCCACCAACAAGGUCUCCAGCAAAGUGUCAGCUGUGUCAUUCUCUGCCGACAGUAGCACCUUCGUCACGGUGGGAAACCGACACGUCAAGUUUUGGUACAUUGACGCGUCAAAGACCUCAAAGGUCAACUGGACGGUGCCUCUGAACGGGCGCUCGGGGCUGCUCGGAGAGCAGCAGAACAACCUGUUCCUGGCGGUGGCGUGCGGCCGCGGACGCAAGGCCGAUGCCACCUUCUGCAUCACGCGCUCGGGUCUCCUGUGCCAAUUCAACGAGCGGCGGCUGCUCGAGAAGUGGGUCGACCUCGGGGCCUCGUCUGCCAGCUGCCUCUCGGUGAGCGAGGAGCUGAUCUUCUGCGGCUGCUCCGACGGUCUGGUGCGCGUCUUCAACCCGGAGAAUCUCAACAUCGUCGCCACCAUCCCGCGGCCACACUGCCUUGGCGUGGACGUGGCGCUGGGCGUGGAGCCCGGGCAUUUAUUCACCCGAAGAGAGGAUGCCCGCUAUCCGGACACGGUGGCGCUGACCUUCGACCCCACGAAUCGCUGGCUGUCAUGCGUCUACAACGACCACAGCCUGUACGUGUGGGACGCGAGGGACGUGCGCAAGGUCGGCAAGGUCUUCUCGGCGCUGUACCACGGCACCUGUGUCUGGGGAGUGGAGGUUUAUCCGGAGGUGGACAGGGGCCCUGUGGCGGCGUGCCUCCCGCCUGGCACCUUUGCCACCUGCUCCUCGGACAACACGGUGCGGCUGUGGAACCUGCAGCGUGACCCGUCGCCGCUCGGCACGGCCGCGCUGCCACAGAACAUCUACAGCAGCGACCUGCUGAAGGUGCUGUACGUGGACGGGAACCUGCAGAGCCUGCAGGACUCUGAGAACAACCCGGCCGGCAGCUCCGACAAGGCUGACCCAGCCUCUGCCGACGCCAAGACCGGCAUCCGCACGCUGUGCGUCAGCCCAGAUGGGCAGCACCUGGCCUCCGGCGACCGUACCGGAAACCUUCGGAUCUAUGACCUUCACUUUCUGGCGGAGCAGAUGAAGAUCGAAGCCCACGAGACGGAGGUCAUGUGCCUGGAGUAUUCCACCCCCGACACCGGCGUGAAGCUGCUGGCGACGGCGAGCCGUGACCGCCUGAUCCACGUUCUGAAUGCGGAGCGUGGAUACAGCCUGGAGCAGACACUCGACGAGCACUCGUCAGCUGUCACUGCCGUCAAGUUCUCCGGAAUUGGAGACCAGCUGCAGCUUGUUAGCUGUGGCAGUGACAAGUCGAUAUACUUUCGCAACGCUGAAAAGACCGCAGAUGGGGUGCAGUUCUCGCGCAAGCACCACGUGGUGGGAAAGACCACGCUGUACGACAUGGAUGUGGACGUCACCCAGAAGUAUGCCGCCAUUGCCUGCCAGGACAGGAACAUCCGGAUUUACAACAUCGUCAGCGGCAAGCAGAGGAAGUGCUACAAGGGCUCGCAGGGAGAGGACGGCACUCUCAUCAAGGUUCAAAUGGACCCCUCAGGCAUGUACAUCGCCACCAGCUCCUCUGACAAGAACCUGUCAAUAUACGACUUCUACACUGGCGAGUGUGUGGCCACCAUGUUCGGACAUUCUGAGAUCGUUACUGGAAUGAAGUUUAGCAACAACUGCAGCCACUUUAUCUCUGUCUCUGCUGAUAGCUGCGUGUUCGUAUGGAGGCUCAACCCCGAGCUUACUGAGAGCAUGCGGCAGCGCCAGCUGGAGCUGCACAAACUCCCGCGUGGCGUCUCUGCCUCCCCGCCAGCUAGCAGGCGCAUCUCGUAUGGCACGGCUCCGCGGCCUGCGCUCUCAUCUGACAGUGACAGCAAGGAGGACGGGGAGACGGCGGAGCUGGAGGAGGAGCAGAACGGAGACGCCGUGUCCAACGCAGAUGUGGAUCCGGACAUCGAUGACCCCUUCAGCGUCACCCACCUUCCCCUCUGGGCCCAGAAGCAGGUUCUGGAUGACAGCUCGCUGCCGAGCCGCGACAGUAACCGGAGCCCCGGCGGUUCCGGUCCUCCACGGCGGCGCUGGGAGCAGCGGGCGCAGGCCGUCAAGUCGAUGCUGGACCUGCGCGAGCUCGAGAUGGAGCACGACUCCCCGCCCUCGCGGCCUGAGCAUGAUGACGAGCCCCCCACCCCCCCGCUGCGAAACGGCACUACUGCGCCGAGGUCGACGCCGCCGCUGGGAGGGCCCGGUGCCACCACGGGGAUUGGCUCCCUGGACGAGAGGAAGCUCUUCAUCCCGUCCAACGUGGAGAUGCUCAUGAAUGAGAUGAAGGUGUCGCACUCGGAGCCGCGCGCCGCCGAGCGGUGCGAGCGGCCGAGCUCGCUGGCGCUGCUAGCACCGCACCCCGAGCCGGGUGCGACACAGGGCAUCACGCCGGACGUGGAGCCCGAGAUCCUCUACCCGGCACAAGGCGACGACGUCUCCAUCGCCUCCGAAAGCGAAUUCUUGGUGAAGGAGGCUCCCAAGGACCAGCUGGUUAUGGCUGCACACCGGCGGGCUGGUGGGCAUGACGCACGCAGCCCGGACAGCGCCUGCUACGCCAACAGCCCAGCGUUUAGCCCACGCCGUAGACUCGAUGACUCGUCACUGAUAUGCGACGGGAACUCGUCAGAGGACGACGACGAGGAGCCGACACGUAGCACGCACUCCGACCUCUCUCCCGUCACGCCCGACCAUGAUCGCUACCACAAGUACUUUGGUGACUCUGGUGCCGACACUCCACUCUCCGCCGAGACCAGCAGCUCCCGGGGCCCUCCGAGGUCCGGGGGUGAGACGACGAUGGCCGCGGCGGCGGCAGGGGUGGGCACGCCGCGGCACAGCAUCACCACCAAGUUCCGCAACAAUGUCCGCAGCUCGCCCAGCAGGAGUUCACCGUCAAGCCCAGCAAACUCGAUCACCACAACUACACUUCCACAAAAGGACAAAGCUCCCACAAGGAAGCCCGUCGAAUUUCCUGUGAAGUCGAGGCCAGGGGAACGGCGCACGUCGGGCGUGGUGGACAGGGCCGCCACCCCCAGGGGCCCACAGGCACCGGCUGCAAGCAGCCGGAGCCCCGCGGCAAGCGGUGCGGCCGACCGGCGCCGCACUCCGGGCCUGCCCGGCUCGGGGCGUCCGUCAGACGGGACGCCGACCUCAUCCGCGAUGAGGAAGGCCGCCUCCAUGUAUGACCUCGCUCAAGAAGAGAAGUACUCAUUGCAUGCCGGCACAGCAAAGCCCCAAACACGCUCAGUGAUAGGAGCUCGCGAGUCUCGUGCUGUCGAGCCCAAGCGAUCACAACCGGCCCUUCCGCCAAAACCAGAGCCGCGAGCCAUCGUCAGCCCGGCAAAGCGGCAGAUCGCAAGGAAGAAGGCUGCCGCGAGCCCCUCGCCCAGCCCCGCUUCAUCCCUCGCCAACAGCCGCAUGACCCGAAGCGUGUCCAUGGGUGACGGCCUUAACUGCAAAAACUUUGGUGGCUCCGACGACGACGGGGAGAACAGCUCAGUGAGUGAAGAUCUCUACCCCGUGAGAGACCCGGGUUUGAAGAGGCCUACACCGCGGAGGUCGUAUCACCCUUCCAGGCCGGCGCCGGGGUCGGCCUUCAAGUCACCGGCAAUGUCCAAGUUCGCGCCGUCGUCGAUGAAAUCUGCACCGGUUGCUCCCUCCACUGUGGCUUCGCAGUCCACGGUCCGCACGGCGUACAGGACGAGCCUGAUCCUGGAGCUCUCGAAGCCGCUCUCGUCCCACAUCAACCCCGCAUCAAACUCGGUGGUGCAAGUUACAGAGGUCAUGGAGGAGUUCCCGUACGUGGAGCCUUCACGCAAGGCUUUGCCCGUGGGCCCUCGAGCAAAUGCGGAAUUCCAUCGGCUCGACGCGGCGAAGGCUUUGGCUGCCGCCGACCUGUCAAAACUAGACUUGGACACCAAGGACCGUUCUUGGCUUGGGAAUAUGGCCAGAAGGGACCCUGUGCCCGAGAGCCAUGACAGCCUCAAGCCAAAAUCUGGACGUGAGAAGCUUCUAAAAUCAUACAAAGAACUGGUGGUGAAUGCGGAAAAUUGUGAAGAGGCAGCCAAUGACCUACUUCAGAGCUUACAGAAAGCCAUCUUGCUUUACCACAAGAUCCAGUCAAGCGAGACGCCGGUGGGCAGCAAACACCUGGCAUCGGUACUCGCUGAUGCAUUCGAUGGAGCGCGGGCACAGCUUAGCACGCUGGACCGGAGUGAGGCGAACGCCAGUGGUGGCGGCCGAAGCAACGACGCCAAUGACGACGUGUCAUGCGCGCGUGGCGUGGACGGCGACGGCGACGGUCCUCUACUGCCGGACGACGCGUCCUCCUCGCCCGGUGAAGACAAGACCAGCGCCCUCCUGGAGCACUACUCCAACAUGCUGAUGAGCAUGCUGGAGAAGAAAAUGUCCGGAAACAAACUCUGAUGGUGAUGAUCAUGGCGUCGUUUUUUUUUUUUUAAUGUCCGAAUGGUACCGUUUUUUAAUGGACGAACAGAUGGAGCGACGGAACCUUAUUUCCCCUUUGAUGUUUUGCACAUUCGAGCGCACGCAGCGCCAAAACACAUUGCGAGUUGAUGGGCAGAGCGAGGCAUACAAAAUACCGUCUUUCCAUUUUUCACUAUUUACUGAGCGACUUAAAAGUGUGGGAUUCAGUGUUUCGGGUUGAGCCUGGAUAGAUGGCAGAUGAGUUAGCAGUGUUUUCAGACUACCUUUACAGCACAAUGCAUGGUGGUUGCACCUCUCGGAUGAAAUGUUUUGAAUAAAUGAACUUGCCAAUUGAACGCCAGAGUAUAUGCAACACUAAAGCAGUAUAAAGUCAAACUUCUGUUGCUUACAAUUAACUCAUUCGAGUACCCUGUAAUAGGAGACCACAACAGCAAGAUUAUGCUUAGCAAAGUCUUAAUUUGUAUUAUUUCCUGGAACAGCAAGCCAUGUUCGUUUGUAAAUACUUUUUUGAUUUCCUUGAGAUAUAUAUAAGCUUGUACGGCAGUUAAGUACACACUGUAAACAGUGGGUCUAUCUGAUUAUUCUUCCCCAAAUCGUUUUUGGUAACUUGUAUGUGUACAGUUUACUUGCGUAUGCCUCGUCAGGUGCAUCGUUAACUUAUGCUUUGUAUAAUCCGGCCUUCUACAUGGCCACUGUUUGAAAAAUAAACUUUUUGUAUGAGAAGAGGCAUGCUAUAGUGCACGAUUACUAUUACUGUAUAUGCCAAAAAAAUGGUAAAGGCAAUAAUGCGUUAAACUGAUAAAUCCUGUAUAAUCAUGUUUUAUAAUGUUAUUGUUAUUACUGUAAAUUUCCAAAAUGAACUGCAGUUGUGGCGUAAGUCGCAUAAAGUUGUUACACAAAGGUGGCCAUUCGAGUGUAGUUGAUUUGUACUGGUCACAUUUUCACUUUUAAAUAAAACGACAAAUACGUUGACGUGGUACGCUUUGCGGUACGAGAGCUUUUCGUUUUUUUGCAUUCGUCACCCUGAAAAAAAGUGUUCACGCACAUGAUGUAUUGCACCUCAACGGUGUUAAUUAGUCCUGUAACCACAUGCCCACACGUGUAUUUGCUGCUCUUUGUUUAUACGGUAAGAAGGAAGUGUUUAUCGUUUUACGUUCAGUUUGUGAGUAACAGACGCGGUAUUCACCUUUUCAUGUCCACGCUCACGUUAACUCUUCACUAUCGCAGUAGUGUUUGGAGGUAUGCAAUUGGUGUAAAAAAAUAAACAUUCAAAUUUAUUCCUUA